AUGACCAGGGGCUUGGGGCUAGUGCUGGUGCUGGCUUCCCGAGGCAGCAGGGGGAGCCUGACGCCGAGGGAGGCCGGUGGCUGGGAGAACCCAGAACGGCCUGACCCUGGGGAGAGGAGAGUUCGGGGUCCGCGCUCAGCGCCGCGACUCCGAGGUCCCAGGAUCCCAGAAAAGGUGCGCUCUGGACCAAACUGCGGACCCGCUGGGGAGAGCGCCCCAACAAGCAGAGAGCAGGACUGGCGCCCGGCUCUAGGGGGGCUCUUCAGGCAGCUCAGUCCCGCCGCACAAGCUGGGGAGAAGGUAGCGGUGCACGCUGCGGGAAUCGCGCCGGGACCGAGGGUCGCGCCGCGACUUUGCCGAGCGGAGCUCGCCACCCAGAACGGCGCUCCGCGUCCACCAGGUCGCCCCAGCGAGGCUGACAAUGGGCGCCAGGACCCUUGCGGGGUCGAACUGGAAGGGGCUUCCGGGCCCCGGGCCCCGGCGCUUUCUCCUGCGGCGCAGACUGGGAUAGAGCGUAGACUGCAGAGAAAUCGGGAUUCGGAAAAGCAGCAUCGGCGCCGGCCUGACGCGGGUCUCGACUCGGGAGAGAGGAAGGAGCCCCUGGGGGCGGGGGUUGGCUGGAGGGGUCGGCUGGUGGCCGCCUCUAGCCCUCGGCAGAUGAAGAAAAGGAAAGCGAACUCCUUUUCCUCGGAGAGACAAGAGGGCUCCAGCGCGCCCUGUUUCCCCAGGCCUAGGAAACAGGUUCCCAAGCGUCCUCCGACCGCCAAUCGAUCCCGGCUGCCCGCCCGUAACCGAUGAUGGUAGGAAAGCAGAGAGGAACUGCGGGCAGCGGCACCUCCCCCGGGCCGAGGCUGGGCGGGCGAGUCCGGACCUGCGCCGCUCUCUGCACAAAACGAAACCCAAACUCCUCAAAAUCUUAAGAGGGAAAUUUUUUAAAGUCCCCUUUCCCCUCUUUCACUUUUAACAAACCAGCUACUGGGAGAAAAAAACGAAAUGAACGAUAGCUAAGGACACUAUCUUUCCAAAUUGUGAAAUCCCGUUUAAAAAUAUUUCCUCCAAGGCCAGCCCUUCUGAAGCCUUUGCCUCUUCCUGAAAAUUACAACUAAACAAUCGGAAUUUCGACCACGGUCCUGGGAAGAAGGAAUAGCCGUGAGGCUCAGGGAACCCACUGUGGCCAAAUUGCCAUGCUCUUGUUUUUCUUUAACCAAGAAAAAAAAAAAAAAAGAUAAGAAGAAGUAAAACCUUUUAAUACAUCAAAUAUACGGAAUUUUAAUCUUUAAAGCGAUACAUUGUCUAUUAUUUUAGUACAUGACGUAAACCUUGUCCCCUUUUCAGCGGGUGGACUUAAAAAUUAAAAAUAGUUAAGUGUUCCUUUUAAAGAACAAAAUAAGGCAAAUGAGGUUUUGGAAUAGAAUUGUUUUUCCUUUUUUUUUUUGUUUUCUUCCAGAAUACAUACAAAAAAAUACCCAUUCUCUUUUGAUGGUAUACACCUUAAAAAUAAUUGCAAUUUGAAAUCAGAGCUGACAAAUUGUGACUUGUUUUGUUUUUUUUUUCAUUUUUGUAACAAACAUGCAUGUAAAUUUGUGUUUCAAUCAGACAUUAAAUAAGAAGUACAAUACAAUCAUAGCAAUUUUAAAGUAACAUUAAAGAGAAGACCUCUAGUUCUG